AUGUUCGAAAUAAGCCGAACACUCAACGCUGCUUUGUUGAGCAAUGAGCAUCUCAAGAUGAUGGCGAGGUAUGGGCAGCUCUCGGGACUAGCAGCCAGUGGCGUGGGCUCCGUCCCCGAGACGCACUCGCCGCUAUUUCCCAGGGAUCUCCUGUCAUCGCCAGCCCAGAUGGGCUACAGGUCACCCCUGGGGUCGACAGAGACACAGUGGCGUCAGGCAGAGCUCCCACAGCUCCAGGGCUGGGCAGAGAAGGGAUUGCUGACACAGCCAAAGAUGAUCAUCAGUAACAUGGAGGCUCCAGUGACAAAUGGCCCCAGCGGAGGAGGCACCACAGCCAACGGGCCUACCAACAACAGCCGUGGCUGCCCCUCACCCAUGCAGACUGGCCCUACAAAUGACGACAGCAAGACCAACCUCAUUGUUAACUACCUGCCCCAGAACAUGACCCAGGAGGAGUUCCGCAGCCUGUUUGGUAGCAUAGGGGAGAUUGAGUCCUGCAAACUGGUUCGUGACAAGAUCACAGGUCAGAGUCUGGGCUACGGCUUUGUCAACUACAUCGAUCCAAAGGACGCAGAGAAAGCCAUCAACACGUUAAAUGGACUCAGACUUCAGACCAAAACAAUCAAGGUGUCAUAUGCACGACCUAGCUCAGCCUCCAUCCGUGACGCCAACCUGUAUGUAAGCGGCCUGCCCAAGACUAUGACCCAGAAGGAACUGGAGCAGCUCUUCUCCCAGUAUGGACGCAUCAUCACUUCCCGCAUCCUUGUCGACCAGGUCACUGGCCCCGCAGGUGGCUCCCGAGGUGUGGGCUUCAUCCGCUUUGAUAAGAGGAUAGAGGCUGAAGAGGCCAUCAAGGGCCUGAAUGGACAGAAGCCAUCAGGUGCCGCUGAGCCUAUUACGGUCAAGUUCGCCAACAACCCCAGCCAGAAGACCAGCCAAGCCCUUCUGUCGCAACUCUACCAGUCCCCCAAUCGCCGAUACCCAGGCCCUCUCCACCACCAGGCUCAGAGGUUCAGGCUGGACAAUUUGCUUAAUAUGGCCUAUGGCGUAAAGAGGUUUUCUCCCAUCACCAUUGACAGCAUGACCAGCCUGGUUGGCAUGAACAUCCCUGGGCACACCGGCACUGGCUGGUGCAUCUUCGUGUACAACCUGUCCCCAGAUUCCGAUGAGAGUGUGCUCUGGCAGCUGUUUGGGCCGUUCGGUGCAGUCAACAAUGUCAAGGUGAUCCGUGACUUCAACACCAACAAGUGCAAAGGCUUCGGCUUCGUCACCAUGACGAAUUAUGACGAGGCGGCCAUGGCCAUCGCCAGUCUCAACGGCUACAGGUUGGGCGACCGCGUCUUGCAAGUCUCCUUCAAGACUAACAAGACACACAAGUCCUGA